AUGAAGACUUUUGGCAGAUCCUCGCAUGUACUGGCCCUCGGCUCACUGCUCAUGGCUGGCCAAUGUGGCACCGUCCGAGGCCAGACAGAGGCCCAAAAGGCAAAUGCAAACCGAACUCUGUCUGUGGGCUAUAUCCUCUUCCCUGGCUUCGAGCCUCUGGACGUGUUUGGUCCGCUCGAAAUGAUAUUCGGCAUGUCGUACUACAUGAACAUGACGCUGGCCACCAUUGCGGAGACGGUCGGCCCUGUGUCGGCGCGCCCGCCCCUCCACUACAUGGCCCCCAACGAACCGCCCAUGGACUUGAGCUACAUGAUCAAUCCCCAGGUCGUCGCCACCCACACCUUUGAAACCGCGCCCAAGCUGGACAUCCUGCUCGUCCCCGGCGGCACGGGCAAUGUCGCGCUCGAGCAGAAGAACGACACCAAGGUCGAGGACUUUGUGCGGGAGCGGUAUCCCGAACUCGAGUAUUUGUUGAGCGUCUGCACCGGCGCCAUCACGCUCGCCCGGUCGGGCGUGCUCGAGGGCCGCCGUGCCACGUCCAACAAGGGCGCGUGGGCGCAGACGGCCACGCACGGCAAGAACGUGACGUGGGUGCCGAGCGCGCGCUGGGUGGUGGACGGCAACGUGUGGACGAGCUCGGGCGUGGCCGCGGGCAUGGACAUGGCCUUUGCGUUCUUGCGGGAGCUGUAUGGAGACAGCCCGCUCGAUACGCUGAUGAGCAAUGUCGAGUACGCUCCGCACACGGAUGCCUCGUGGGAUCCGUUUUCGGUCGUGCACAAUACUUGGGUGCCCGUCAGCGGCGCAGUGAUCAAGAACAGAGCGGCCUCGAUUGUGCCAAACGCAAUGGCCAAGUUGACGGAACCACACACCCCGUCUUCCAACGGGCAGUCGUUCUGGCCCACGUAG